CUUCUCUAGGAAGCUGCUGGAAGAAUGCUGUGACCCCGGGCAGCUCUUUGCCAUGACAAAGCUGAACUCCCCGAUGGGAAAGAACCUCUGGUUCGACGGGGAAUUUUUAUAUUCUGUCACAAUCGACAAUGCAACUUACUCUCUCUUCCCACAGGCUACUCCCUUCCAGCUGCCAUUGAAGAAAUGCUCCGUGGUGGGAAACGGUGGGAUCCUGAAAAAGAGCGGCUGCGGCAAACAAAUAGAUCAAGCGGAUUUUGUCAUGCGGUGCAACCUUCCUCCUCUAUCCAGUGAAUACAGCAAGGACGUUGGAUCAAAAACCCAGCUGGUGACUGCAAAUCCAAGUAUAAUUCAGAAAAGGUUCCAGAAUCUGCUGUGGUCUCGAAAGGCGUUUGUGGACAGCGUGAAGGUGUAUAACCACAGCUACAUCUACAUGCCAGCCUUCUCCAUGAAGACAGGGACGGGACCCUCCCUACGUGUCUAUUACACCCUGGCGGACUUCGGUGCCAAGCAGACGGUUCUUUUUGCCAACCCCAACUUCCUGCGUGACAUUGGCAAGUUCUGGAAGAGCAAAGGUAUCCAUGGCAAACGGCUUUCCACGGGACUCUUCCUAGUCAGUGCCGCCCUUGGUCUGUGUGAAGAAGUAACAAUUUAUGGCUUCUGGCCCUUCUCGGUGGACCUGCACGGGAGGUUUAUUAGCCAUCAUUACUAUGACAAUGUCUUGCCUGAUUCUGGAUUCCACGCCAUGCCGGAGGAAUUUCUACAGCUUUGGUUUCUUCAUAAAAGUGGUGUACUGAGAAUGCAACUAGAACCAUGUGAGGACCCUUUAAUCCAGCCUUCUGCCUGAGGAUUGUAGGAGUCGGUUUGGAAGAUCCAAUAGUUUUUAAUUUCCGUGCUCUCCAACAGAGAGUGCUGUUUUCUGUUGAUUGUUUUUAAAGGGAAAGUAAUUGCAGAUCUGCAUGGACCAUAAAAAUGUUACUUGAAGGCCAAAUGGAAUAUGUCCUUAAUGUUUAGUGCUUUAUGGAACUGGGAUGGGACGAAGUGUGUCUUUCCAUCGAGUCCAUUCAGCAGCAGUGUGAAAAUGAUGUCAGAAGUAGCACAGCUGAACUUUCCGGGGACGUUUUUAAAUGACCGAUGUAGAAAGGGCAUUAAGGCUCGGGGAGACACAGGGCCACUCACAAGCUUUUGCUGACAGUGCCAAAUAUGACUGUCUGUUCAAAAAUCCAUUUCAUUCCAGAUCAGCAUCCUGUUUAACUUACCUUUUUCCUUUUUUUUCCCCCUCUGUUUCUGUGUGUGUAUGUGUGUGUGUGUGUGUGUAGGAGAG